GCAGCCCUUUUCUCGGGCUGCCUUUAGCUGGUCUGUGUUGGAGGAGAAGGGACGACUCCAUGCGCCGCAGGCUCGAGAAGAUGGAAGGACAAGUGAUAGGCGGGAUGCUCAGGUUCUUCCGAAAAAAACAGCUGCCUGGACUCCGAGCAGCACCUUCCCAGGACAAUGUGGGGGCAGCUGGAAAGGAACCGGAAAGGACCCAGGAGUACAAUCUACCCAACUUUGCUGGAGGACAGCACUUCUUUGAGUACCUUCUCGUGGUUUCCCUCAAAAAAAAGCACUCAGGGAAUGAUUAUGAGCCCACAAUCACCUACCAGUUUCCCAAGCGGGAGAACCUGCUUAGGGGCCAACAGGAGGAGGAGGAGCGGCUGCUUGGAGCCAUCCCCUUGUUUUGCUUCCCAGAUGGGAAUGAGUGGGUCCCACUCACUGAGUAUCCCAGGGAGACCUUCUCCUUCGUUCUGACCAACGUGGAUGGGAGCAGGAAGAUUGGAUACUGCAGGCGCCUCUUGCCGGCCGGCGGUGGCCCUCGCCUCCCUAAGGUCUACUGCAUCAUCAGCUGCCUCGGCUGCUUCGGCUUGUUCUCCAAGAUCCUGGAUGAAGUGGAGAAGCGGCAUCAGAUCUCCAUGGCCGUCAUCUACCCGUUCAUGCAGGGCCUCCGAGAGGCCACCUUCCCGGCUCCUGGGAAGACCGUCACCCUCAAGAGCUUCAUCCCCGACUCUGGCACCGAGUUCAUCUCACUGACACGGCCCCUGGAUUCCCACCUAGAACACGUGGAUUUCAGAUCUCUGUGGAAUUGUCUCCAUUUCGAGCAGAUCCUUCAGAUUUUUGCCUCUGCGGUGAUGGAGAGAAGAAUCAUCUUCCUGGCAGAAGAUCUCAGCACCCUGUCUCAGUGCAUCCAUGCGGCCGCCGCACUGCUCUACCCUUUCAACUGGGCCCACACCUACAUCCCGGUUGUCCCUGAGAUGCUCCUGGACACUGUCUGCUGCCCCACCCCCUUCAUGGUUGGAGUACAGAUGCGCUUUCUGCAGGAGGUGAUGGACAGCCCCAUGGAAGAGGUCCUGUUGGUGAAUCUUUGUGAAGGAACCUUCUUAAAGUCAGUUGGUGAUGAAAAAGACAUCCUACCACCCAAGCUUCAGGAUGAAAUCUUAGACUGUCUUGGCCAGGGCAUCAAUGGUUCACAGACUUUAGAACAAACCAACGAGCAUGUGUCAGGCCCUUUCGUGAAGUUCUUUGUGAAGACUGUGGGCCACUACACUUCCUACAUCAAGAGGGAGGCAGACGGGCAAGGCCACUUCCAAGAACGGGCCUUCUACAAGGCGCUCAACUCCAAGGCCAACCGCCGAUUUGUGAAGAAGUUUGUGAAGACGCAGCUCUUCUCCCUCUUCAUCCAGGAAGCAGAGAAGAGCAAGAGCCCUCCCGCAGGCUAUUUUCAACAGAAAAUACUUGAAUAUGAGGAACAGAAGAAACAGAAGAAAUCAAGGGAAAAGACUGUGAAAUAAGCUCUGCUUAACAGGACUGACUCGACUUAUUGGCCAGUUUUGGACUUGGGCCCCUGCCACCCUGGCAGGAUCCACGGCCUUCUUCGGACUCCUGGGAACCAGAUCUCUCAUCAUGCUGGUGUCUGAGUUUGGAUCCUGGAGUCAGCUUUCUCAGGUCUUUAGAAGGCUCUGACCUGGUGCACAGACUUGGGUUCGAGGCUGCAUUUUCUGCAGAGGUGACAUGGAGCGGGCUGUGCAGGUGUCGUAGAGGCUUAGUUAGAAGUUGCUGCAACUGUCCUCUCCCAGGAACCACUACUACAAAAUCCUCAACUGAGAAAAUAGCUGUGACCUAAAGAUUCAGUCUCUUCACAUAAAAUAAGAGUUCUGUGAUCAUGUGAGGAGAAGAAUAAAGACAAAGCUCUUGUUGCAGCUUUUGUGUGCAUCUUUGGAUUCCACCCUAGGGUGAGAACCAGGAAGACGAGGCAGUAAACGUGGGAAUACAUUGGACAAGGAGAGGAAGGCCUGGUCAGCGUGGCCCAGAACUGAGCCCUGGGAGGAGAGGCGGCUAGCCAGGGUACCGUGCCUGCAGGCAGAAUCUCAGUAACUGAAGUAUUUCCACAAAUAGGUCCGUGUGCCCGUCACAGUCAGUUUGGAGCCUUCAGUUAGACAUCCUCCUUCCUCUGUGCCUGGUUCAAUUCUUUGGGCAAAGGUGGGGCUCCUGCACUGACAUUUUUUUCCCUUUAGAAAAGAGAAUCACAGUCCUUAGCAUCCAAAGGACCUUAGUUGUCCAUCUUUCCUCUGUACCUACCUCUGCUGACUGCUUCUGUUUAAACAUUGCAAGAGAUAGGAAGUUUUUAGAAAGAUCUUGACUUAAAAAUUUCAUCUUUCGUUAAUGUGUCUGUGAGUGCUGUGUUCUAUACAAAGAGCACAGAUGUUUUUGGUCGGUGGGAAAGGAAGCAGGGAUGACCAGAAACAAGUUAAAGCCAAUGUAAUUAGAUUUGGGGGGCAUAGACAUCUACCGCAGGGGGCAUAGAGAUCUACUGUCUUCACACCACCCCUAUAUGCUGCUACUCUUUAUAGCUUUUUCUUUUUUCAUGUGAAAUUACAAUUCUUUUUUUCACAUAAACCUUUUGUUUUAAUAAAUAUAUUCAUGGCUUAGAUUUUGAAUCACACUUACAGAAAAGGAAAAUAUGCCUAAAUAGGUAACAGUGAAGCUUCCACUGCUGGAAGGAAAGCCUGCCUCACAUGCCUUUUGAGUGUGCAGAGCAGAGAUUUAGUGGCUGAACACCACACACAUCACCCUCCAGACUAGACAACUGGAACCAGAGAAAGCAGAAGACUCGGCAAAGAGCAUGCAACCACCAUCUGAUCCCUUCAGCUGCAAGCUGCAUAACCAAGUAAAAGUUGUCUUACUUUUUGACAAGCUAGAGGUAGCUUUCCUGAUCACAUGGGGUGAAACUUUCUCCCUUUAUUAACAAUCAGGCCCAGGGCAUCAGCUUACUCUUCAUCGCAUCUUCUUGGCUUAUGGCAGUGGCUCCUAAACCUAGUUGCAAUUCAAAAAGUUUUAGAACAAGGGUUAGACUUCCGUCUCCAGACCUCAAUUUCCACUGGAGGUAACUGACACAUGUUGUGUCUACUAAAUUAAUCAAGUAAGAUGGUAGAGGUGCCCGUGCCAAGUAAGUUGAAUCAUCCUUCUUUUGCUUAUUUUCUCUUACUUUUCAAAACUUAAUCUGUCCUCACAUUUUUCUGUGUGCCUUUUAUAAAACCCCAGAUGCUAGAGAAUUUGCUAGCAAGCAAAAGUGAUUGAGUUCCCUUUCCUGCAACAGAAAAGAAAUGCAGUUUCACUGUUGCUGCUAAUCCAGAUAACAUGGGACUGAUGGGGUCAUCCAAAGUAUGAGAGAGUAGAGUUGUGGCUGCCAGGCAAGACAGUACAGUAUAAUUUACCCAUGAUUAUGGAAACAGGGUCUAAAUAAAAAUCACUAAAAUGCUUCAUUGUGGCCAAUGGUUGAAGCUUUUCUGCUGUCUCCCUCUCUUCAGUCACACAAUUGAACUACCUUCCUUCAUGCAAUGGAAAGCGAUCUGGUUUAUAGUU